AUGGGUGAUAGAGAAAAGGGUCAGAACCUGGGUUCUGUUUUGGAACCAAAGAUUCAGCCUUUUGUACCAAGAAAAGGGCAUGAUCCAAGGGAGUUGAGAUCUUGGGCUAAGAAGACUGGUUUUGUGUCAAUUUUUUCUGGUGAGACUGAGAGAAGUAUGAGUGGAAGGAGGGAUUUGAAUGAGAGAUUUAAUAAUAAUGUUUUUGUUGAUAGGGUUGAUUUGGAGAAGGGUGGUCUUGAGAAGCAUGAGUCUAUAUCACCCAAGAUUGAGAUUGAUCCAAUUCUGGGUAGGACUAGAGAUAGAGGAGUCGAGAUUGAGCCCGUUCGUGUGGAUGGGAAUGGAAGGGAAAACAAUGGGGUUUUGGGGUUAAGGGAUGGAGCAGUAAGGGGUGAGAAUGAGAGGAGGAAAAAUGGGGUAAUGGAGCCCAUUUUGGGGUCUAAUAUUGAGGUACAGAGGGAUGGUCUUAAUGUGAAUGGAAAUGCAGCAGCAACCAGAAAUGGGAACAUGAAUGGACAAGGUGCGGAGGCGAAUGCGCUGGUAGAGGAAAAGAAAGAUGAUGGGAAUUUCGAUAGAGAAGUGGGAAUUAAUGUGUAUCCAGAUGGGGAGGAUUCAGGUGAUGGAGGGGGUUUGAAUCAGUCCCCAAAAAUAAUAUGCGGACCAAGGGAUAAUCCGGGUUUUGUGCCCCUUAUAUUCUAUGGUUUGCAGCACUAUUUAUCCAUGGCUGGUUCACUUAUUUUCAUCCCUCUGUUAUUUGUACCUGCCAUGGGCGGAACUGAUAAAGAUACUGCCUAUGUAAUUUCCACAAUGCUUCUAGUUUCUGGCAUUACCACAAUACUGCAUUCAUAUUUCGGUACUAGACUCCCGUUGGUUCAAGGCAGUUCGUUUGUGUAUCUGGCACCUGCACUAGCUAUCAUGAAUUCUAGGGAGUACCGGAAUCUCACUGAACAUAAAUUUAGGCACAUUAUGAGGGAGUUGCAAGGUGCUAUAAUUAUUGGUUCAAUUUUUCAGAGUAUCUUGGGUUUCAGCGGUUUGAUGUCUGUACUUUUAAGGUUCAUAAACCCUGUUGUGGUUGCACCAACAAUUGCCGCAGUAGGUUUAGCAUUUUUCAGCUAUGGCUUCCCCCAAGCUGGUGCCUGUGUGGAAAUAAGCCUUCCAGAGAUAUUAUUAGUUCUUAUUUUUACCUUGUAUCUUAGGGGGAUAUCUAUUUUUGGUCACAGAGUUUUCCGAAUAUAUGCGGUCCCCCUGAGUGUUGUAAUUAUUUGGAUAUAUGCAUUCUUUCUGACGGCUGGUGGGGCAUAUAAUUACAAAGGCUGCAGUCCAGAUAUACCGAGUUCCAAUAUUCUAAUAGAUGCUUGUAGAAGACAUGCAUACACCAUGAGGCAUUGCAGGACAGACGUUUCUGAUGCAAUGAGGACAGCUGCAUGGGUUCGGAUCCCUUACCCUUUGCAGUGGGGUAUACCUAUCUACCGAUUGAGAACUUCGAUCAUAAUGAUCAUUGUGUCACUCGUUGCAUCAAUUGACUCGGUUGGUACGUAUCAUUCUGCAUCCAUGAGAAUUAAUUUGAAGGCUCCAACGCCUGGCAUUGUCAGUAGAGGAAUUGGUUUGGAAGGAUUUUGCAGUGUACUUGCUGGACUUUGGGGCUCGGGGACUGGGUCGACCACCUUGAGAGAGAAUGUACAUACUAUUGACAUCACGAAAAUGGCAAGCCGAAGAGUUGUAGAAGUUGGAGCAGUUCUCAUGAUCCUUUUCUCAUUCAUCGGUAAAGUGGGCGCUAUUCUUGCUUCGAUACCUCAAGCUUUAGCUGCUGCUGUAUUAUGCUUCAUGUGGGCUCUGACCGUGGCAUUAGGUCUCUCAACACUGCAGCAUACUCAAACUGCAAGUUUCAGAAACAUUACAAUAGUUGGUGUUUCAUUGUUCCUCGGUUUAUCCGUCCCGGCUUAUUUUCAACAGUAUCAACCCAACUCCAGUUUAAUUCUUCCCAGUUACCUCAUUCCCUAUUCAGCAGCAUCAGACGGACCGGCACGCACUGGCAAUAAAGAUCUCGAUUUUGCCAUAAACGCACUUCUGUCAUUGAACAUGGUGGUGGCACUCUUGAUUGCAUUUUUACUCGACAACACUGUCCCGGGUAGCAGGCAAGAACGUGGUGUUUACGUAUGGUCAAGUAAAGAUGAAAUAAUGACAGAUCCGUCUUCCCUUUCUGACUAUACACUACCAAAUCGAGUUGCAAGGUGUUUUCGUUGGGCAAAAUGCUUGGGUGUAUAG